AUGGCCGAGCACCACGUCUUCUCCGAUGCCGCACCGGGCUUGGACGAGCAGCUGAGACACGGCUUUAUGAAUUUCAAAUCCUGGCUGUCCAAGAGCAAGCUGUCAUGCAGCGGGCGAUGCUUCACCUCGAAGCGCCUGCAUGUCAGCGAGGUGGACUACCCGUGGCUGGGCUACAAGGCGUUCAAUUGCCGCAUCGUGCUCGCGUUCCUCAUGAGCGAAGUGCAGAAUGAUCUGGAGACUGCUGGCCGCUACUUCAGUGCCAGCCAGAGUGAGCAGCUCUACAGCCAAGGUUUCGGGGCCACCGGUUCAAAGAGCAUUUUCAAUGAGGUGUGGAUUGCAUUCCCCCUUGCAGGUCAGCUAUGCCUCCGUCUCUACAGAGAAGCAGCAAAGCUCUUCGCUGGCCGAUCACAGUUGCGCUUUCUCUUACGGCCCAAACUACACGCACUGGAUGAGCUGCUGCGGGGCGCCUUGAUGGAGCGAUACAAUCCAAGGUUUUACCAAAAUUACGCCGAAGAGGACUUUCUCGGGCUCCUCAAGCCUCUUGCGUUGAAGGCAGUGGCGGCGACAUCACGGGUCUUUGAAUGUGCCAUGCUCAAGCGGUACCUCUUGAGGUGGGACUAUGUGAAAUCGCAUGAUCUAUAG